GACCAAUAACAAAUAUUGAAUUGGGGAUUUGUCAUUGUUGACCUGUGGUAAUCUAUUCAAAUUCAUCAUGGCAGUAGCAAUAUUUAAUAAAUCAUUAAAACAACUGGUAUCUUUGGGGGUUAUUGGACGCGUUGAACUAACAGGUGAUACAGAAGCAGCUGUAUUAAUUAUUGUGCUAGUGAAAUUACUAGAUAAACAUGAUGAUGAAUAUACUGCUAGCCUUCAUUUUAAGGAUAAUAAUAAUGGCCAUACUCAGCGUUCGCUUUCUAGACGCAUUUCAGGACAUAUACCAGCUUGGUUCCACAAAACACAAAGGAAGACACUUCACAGUUCUGUUUUAGAAAAUUUGAUAGAUUAUGACCACCCGGUGAAUGCAGAAAACAACUUCAGUGUCGUCUAUAGAGUUAGUACAAAUCUCGUGAAAGGUGUACCUCUACAAAUUCUUCAAACUGCAACAGCCAUUGGAAUUAAUAUUUUCAAGCCUGAACUCUGCGUUCAAAAGAAAUUUGUCCAGUCACUCGAGUUCCAAUGGGCAUGACCUACAAAAUCCUUUUCACCUCCAAAAAUCUUUUCAUUCAUAUCUUCUCACCUGUUACAUUCCUUCACUCCCAUAGUUCUAAUUUUUCGCUACAUUCACCAUAUUACAUCAUUUAGCUUAGUAGCCAAAUAUUACUUCGGUCUUGAUAAAUCUUCUCAUUACUACUUCAAACAUUACGUAAUUCCUUUUAUUCCAAUCUCCUGGUUUAUAAUCAUAUGUGAACUCCGUUC